AUGAGCAUGUUCAUGGGUGCUCUUCCCAUUGAGCUAAUUGACUAUGCCGACGAUAUCUCGCUGGACGACCUCGCAGUGAUCUUGUCCGUGGAAUUGUCGUCUGCAAGCCAUACGGUCCCGGUCCCGGUUGAUCUCGUCUCUUCGCGCGUCGCAGACAGUAUUUUAAGUACCACGGCGUCGACCAUAGUGAUCCCCAUCACGUUGGCGGCUGUCCCUGUCGGCCGCACCGGCAAGGCCAGCGCGCCAGAUCCGCUCAAUGCACUCGCUCUUUCGUGCACUUCCUCUGCAGCUACACGUUCUCCUGCUUCAUGCGGUAUCCGCGCGUCCAUUCAUGCUCCCGAUUCUAAGCGUGCGGUGAAUGCAACAGCGCCGUCCAGCGCCAAGGAGCUUAAGAAAUCCAAGCCCCACAAUCCACUGGCCCCUGCUGGUUCCGCGACGAAGGGCGCUCCCUCUGGUGCCGAGGUGGACUUCGUGGAACAGUACUUCGGCAAGCUGUACGGGCACGGUCGGUCCUCCGGAACCUCGGCGUCUAUCCACGCGCCUUCCGCGUCUCAGAAUCGCUCGUACCCCUCCUCUCUUGGACAUCCCAUCUACACGCCAUCCUCCAUCUCUGCCAUUACCGACGAUCUUCACGGAAUGACCGCCAAAAUGCCUGCGGAGACAAAGGCCGAUUUUGCGGCUGAGGCGUCCGCGCCUGCGAGCGCUCCCGCAGAUGGCGAGGUCGCUGUGGUGGAUGUUGACAUCGUCACAAAAAAGUUUUCCUGUUUUUCGUUGUCCGAUCGGCCCAGCAUCCCUGGUGAUUGUCUUUUCCAAAGGAGCAUCUGCUGGUCAAUUCAUGCCCCGAAGAGCAGCAUCGCUCGUGACGAGCUCCCGAAGACGUCUUCGAAGGAGGGGAAAGAGCUGACCGAGCGCUUUGGCGAAACAAAGCUGGUGCACGCCUGCAAGCACACUGGUACUCCAGGGAUCGCUGCCUCUAUUCGUCUACUGUCUACCACUCUCGGCGAACAGUCGACUUUGGAGGGCUUGUCUGCACCGUCUACUUAUGUCCUCGAGCACGCUUCUUUCACUGUUGAGAAGGACCAACCGGCCUCAGUCUCGACCAACACUUCAUCGGAGGCUGCGACGAUGCGCCAGACUGCAGGCAAGCCUAGCACUUCGACCAACACCCUCAUCCGAACGGGUGGUGAGAACUUCUUGCUCGACAUUGCAGACGCUUACUUGGACCAGCUGUACGACAGUGCUACGCGGGGCAUCUCUUCGUCAAUGCACGCACCCUUCAACGCCAACCGUUUUUCUGCGAGCGGCCUUGGUGCAUCGAUCCACGCUCCUGUAGCUAGCACCUUGUCUUCUCCGUAUUCUAGAGAGCUGCCUUCAUCGAUCCAUGCUCCUGCGCGAUCUGCUUUGGCUUCCACCCCUGUCACUACCUCCGUGACAGUUCGUCCCGUUCCGCCAUCUCCUCAGACUCCCUCUCCUCCUUCUGGGCGCUCUUCUGGUUGUUACAAGUCCGCUACAUUUCUAUCCAGCAUUUCAGCCGACUUCAAGCGGCGCGCGUCCCCGCAGCGCCCUUGUGUACCUCCUUCCUCUGGUCCUGUGCGCGGGCCUUUACGUCCUACUAAGUUGAACCCGCAAUUGUCUCGACCACCUGUGCGGCGUACGAACCUGCCGAUGAAGGUGAAGAACAGUGGGAAGGAGAACCGCGAUGGCACAGUACAUAAUGGGCAGGGGAUGACAAGGAACGAGACCCGGGUUGCAACUAGGCGCGUUUGCGCAUGA